AAAAAUUGAAGGUCUUUCCUUUACAAACAAGCCAACUUUUACUCGACAAGAAGUAAGCUAUGACAGAUUGUAUAACUUCACCGACAAGCCUCCCCUGUACUCGCCCAUCUCUUCUCCAUCACCCUCCUCCGAAGUCAUCCUCACCCACCUUAAAAACCAUCACCUUCUUCUCCUCCUCGUAACCCACUUAUCUCUCUUCUAUAUAAUUCGCCCUCCCUCUCCUGUCUUUCAACAGAAAAGCUCAAGUCUUUCCUUGAAAGGAGUCCAACAAAAACCUUCAUCUGUUUCACCAAUGGAGAUAGAAAACUCCUCUUCUUCCUCCCUUAAGCUCUUCGGCUCUUGGGCCAGCUCCUACACUCACCGCAUCCAGCUUGCUCUUAAGCUUAAAAAUCUCACCUUUGACUAUAUCGAAGAAGAUCUCUCCCACAAAUCCCCUGCUCUUCUUCUCCACAACCCAAUCUACCAAAAAGUUCCAGUUCUCGUCGCCGACGGUCGACCAAUCCCUGAAUCUCUCCUCAUUCUCCAUUUCCUCGAUGAGUAUUUCCCCCACAAUCCUCGACAACUCCUCCCCAAAUCCCCCCACGACCGCGCUGCCGCCCGUUUCUGGGCCCACUUCACCGACGACCGCCUCGGUCCUGCCGUCGCCGCCGUUUUCGCUUCUUCCGGCGACACUCAGGUUGCCGCUGUCGACCGUUUUCGUUCCGAGCUCCGCCUUGUCGAAGCAGAGCUCACCGACGGAGUCUUCGCCGGCCGCCGUUUCUUCUCCGGCGAUCAAAUAGGCUUUCUCGACAUCGUCCUCGGGUGCGGUUCUUACUGGCUGGCUGUUUUCGAGGAGGUUGCGGAGGUGAAGCUCGUCGACGCUGGCGUGUUCCCGAGAUUCCAUGCCUGGCUUCGUGAUUUCGAGGAACAGGACGAGGUAAAGGCUAUUAUUCCUUCAUUUGGAAAGCUUCUCGGCUACGCUCGCGGGCUACGGAAGAUUCUACUCGGCGGCGGAGGCGGAGAGGCGGAUAAUGGUGGCGGAGCUGUCGCUGGAGUUGAAGCCGGGGAUAUGGGGAAAUUGCAAUAGUAGGCCACUAAUAUUAAUGAGUUAAGUAAAAGACCCUUUACUUUUUUGUAUUUAUGGUACGGCACCGCGCAGUAGAGGUUGGAGAUAUGGAAUCUUUGGUCUUGAAGACCUGAGCAUGUGGGGUUGGUCAGUUGUACCGGAAAACACCAAUGCACUGAAAUUUAUCAGGAAAAGGGUAAAUGUGCAAUUAUCAUAA